AUGAUCUCCCGGUUGAACCUAUUAACUACUAAUAUGUGUGUCUUUAACGGCAGUACCGUUGUGCCGCAGAGAAACUACAAAGUCACGGUGGUAGGCGCGUCCGGCAGUGUCGGCCAGAAUCUAAGUAUGCUGCUGAAGAUGAAUAAACUUGUCUCCCACUUGGCUCUCUAUGACGUCAAACACAAGGCACACGAUGUCGCCCUUGAUAUUUCUCAUAUUAACACUUCAGCCACGGUCAACGGUUACAAAGGGCGGGAACAACUUCCUGAUGCUCUUGAUCGUGCCAGCGUAGUCGUGAUCCCAGCAAGUAUACCCCGCAAGCCCGGCAUGACUCAAUACGAACUGUUCAGGGAAAACGCCAACUUAAUACGUGACUUAACGAAAUCGAUCGCAAGGCAUUGUCCUGAUGCUAUUAUAGCUAUCCUGACUGGUCCUUUAAACUCCCUGGUACCUAUUACAUCUGAGGUUUUAAAGAAGGAAGGAGUAUACGAUCCGAGACGAGUAAUGGGUGUGACCACGCUAGACGUUGUCCGGGCUUGUACAUUUAUCGGCGAAAUGAACUGCAUAGAUCCUUCGAUGGUGUCCGUCCCGGUCAUCGGUGGCAAUUCUGGGUUGUCAGUUGUUCCCGUGUUAAGUCAAAGUAAUCCUCCUCUAGACUGGUGUUCUAUGCCUGACAUCCAAAAUCUCACUUUUAGGAUACAAGAAGGCGAUAAUGAGGUAGUGAAGGCUAAAGGCGGCGGCAAACCUACACUAUCAAUGGCCUUCGCAGCGUCGAAGUUCACCACAUCCGUACUCAGAGCUCUGGACGGUGAAGAAAACAUCGUGGAAUGUGCAUAUGUACAGACUGGCUUAGAUAAACCUUCAUAUUUUGCUUACCCUGUACUGCUUGGCGAAUGCGGUGUUGAGCGAGUCAUCGGAGCCGGCCCCCUUAACAUGUUCGAGGCACAGCUUCUAAGAAAAGCGAUGCCUGAACUGCUCUCCAACAUCAGAAGUGGAGUGAUAUUUGCUACGAAUUACCAUUCGUAG